CACCGGGGUGGCGGGGUGGUGCCUCGGCCCUUUGGCCCUCGUCUCCUUCCUGUUUGCUCGCCGUGUGUGGGGAGGCCCCUCGUUCUGACCAGGAGCCCUCUGGGCCCACGCCGGCAGCAGCCCCGGCUCGGGGGGGGGGGCGGGCAUGUGAGUGAUGGGCCACUUGCCCCCCUGUCCCGGGCUGACCUCUGCCGGAGACAGAGAAGAGCGGGUGCUGGCCGGCCACGCAGAUUCCCCGCUGGGCCCCAGCCAAAGCGUUUGUUUAGCUUCCCAGCUGGGGGUGAGGCCAGCCGCAGCGAGUUCCCUGGGAGCAGCCGCUUGACGGGACGGUGCAAUGCACAGCCUCUCCUCGGGCUGGGCCAGCACUCAGCCCCCGCUCGGGCCGCGGAGAGGUUGCCUCUCUGCCAGCAGCAGCAGCAGCCCCCCCCCCCCCGCCGGGAGGCCCGGCACGGCUCCUGUGGGGCCCUGAGCGAGAUCCCCGGCACGGAAGCCACUCCGGGGCAGCCUGAGGCUGCUGGGGCCCCCGGCGUGGAGUAGGGCCGGGCCCGGCAGAGACCGCAGCCGGGGCCGGGCAGCUUCAGCAUCUGCGUCCGACAGACCCUGGCUGCCAGCAGCAGCAGCAGGGCAGCAAGUCCUGGGAGCUGCUGCCCCGAGUCUUCUGCUCCCGUGGGGCGAUGCUGCCCUCCAAGCAGCAGGGCUCCCCGGGCCCCUCUCCGAGCCCCUCACCCUGCGACUCGCCCGUCCUCUUCAGGAAGAUGAUGAUGAACCAAAGCAUUCGCCUCCGGCGGCGCUUCACCGUCGCCCACCCGCUUGGCUUUGACCUGGAGAAUGGCUUCCCUCCAAACUGCUGCCCGCUGGACCCCCAGGCCAACCCGGGGCUGGGGCUGGGGCUGGGGCUGGUGCUGCCGGGCGCCCCCCCACACGGCCAGCGGCGGGAGUCCUUCCUCUAUCGCUCGGACAGCGACUACGACCUCUCGCCCAAAGCCAUGUCCCGCAACUCCUCCGUGGCCAGCGACAUGCAUGGAGAAGACCUGAUCGUCACCCCUUUUGCACAGGUUCUGGCCAGCCUGAGGACUGUGCGGAGCAACUUUGCCCUCCUGACGCACAUGCAAGAGCGCGUCGCCCACAAGAGAGCAACGGGCGGCGGCGGCAGCAACCCUCCUGCGCCCUCCCCGUGCCGGGCCAGCCUCUCAGAGGAUGCCUACCAAAAGCUGGCCGUGGAGACCCUGGAGGAGCUGGACUGGUGCCUGGACCAGCUGGAGACCCUGCAGACCCGCCACUCGGUCAGCGAGAUGGCUUCCAACAAGUUCAAGCGGAUGCUCAACCGAGAGCUCACCCAUCUGUCAGAGACCAGCCGCUCGGGGAACCAAGUCUCCGAGUACAUUUGCAACACUUUCCUGGACAAGCAGCACGAGGUGGAGAUCCCGGCCCCCGCCGGCCCCAAGGAGAAGGAGGAGGCCCGGCGGCCCAUGUCGCAGAUCAGCGGCGUGAAGAAGCUGACGCACGGCUCGAGUUUCGGCUGCGCGGCCAUCCCUCGCUUCGGGGUCAAGACGGACCAGGAGGCGCUCCUGGCGAAGGAAGUGGAAGACGUGAACAAGUGGGGUCUGGACGUGUUCAAGAUCUCCGAGUAUUCCGGCCAGCGGCCACUGACCGUCCUCAUGUACAGCAUCUUCCAGGAAAGGGAGCUUUUGAAAUCUUUCCAGAUCCCCGCAGACACUUUCAUCACCUUCAUGAUGACCCUGGAAGACCACUACCACGCUGACGUCGCCUAUCACAACAACGUGCACGCAGCCGAUGUGGCUCAGUCCACCCACGUCCUCCUCUCCAUGCCGGCUCUGGAGGCUGUCUUCACCGACCUGGAGAUCUUGGCCGCCAUCUUUGCCGCGGCCAUUCACGACGUCGACCACCCCGGUGUCUCCAACCAAUUCCUGAUCAACACCAACUCGGAGCUGGCGCUGAUGUACAACGACGCCUCGGUGCUGGAGAACCACCAUCUGGCCGUCGGCUUCAAGCUCCUGCAAGAGGAGAACUGCGACAUCUUCCAGAACCUCUCCAAGAAGCAGUGGCAGUCUCUGCGCAAGAUGGCGAUUGACAUGGUGCUGGCGACGGACAUGUCCAAGCACAUGAGCCUGCUGGCUGACCUGAAGACGAUGGUGGAGACCAAGAAGGUGACCAGCCUGGGGGUCCUGCUCUUAGACAACUACUCAGACCGCAUCCAGGUCCUGCAAAACAUCGUCCACUGCGCCGACCUCAGCAACCCAACCAAGCGGCUGGAACUCUACCGCCAGUGGACGGACCGCAUCAUGGUGGAAUUCUUCCACCAGGGGGACCGAGAGCGGGAGAAGGGCAUGGAGAUCAGCCCCAUGUGUGACAAGCACAACGCCUCGAUUGAGAAGUCCCAGGUGGGGUUCAUCGACUACAUCGCCCACCCGCUGUGGGAAACCUGGGCGGAUCUGGUCCAUCCAGAUGCCCAAGAAAUCCUGGACACCCUAGAAGACAACCGGGAGUGGUACCAGAGCAUGGUCCCUCGCAGCCCCUCGCCGCCCCCAGAGGAGCUGGGCUCCGAGAAGUUCCCGUUCGCGCUGACCCUGGAGGAAGAGGAAGGAGAAGGAUCCGGCACGGAGCAGGAGGUCGGGAGUCCGCUGGAGGAGGACAGCAGCGAGUCCCGAACCGUGGGCACCCCCGACGACUCGGAGUCGGCCAACGAGCAGCCGCCCUCCCCCGCCACGGACCGAGCGGGCAGCCCCCACAGGAACGCCCUGGUCAAGCAGAAGGAGGCCUUGGACUUGGAUAACCGAAGGACGCUCUCGCAGCCCAGCAGAGGGAGCACGGCCGGGGCAGAGCCCUGCCUGGACCAGGAAGGGAACGUCACCUUCGCGCCCCUUGGGACGACGUAGUGGGCAGAGGCACUCCUGACGCUCCAUCCUGGGGGGCAGGGGGCGGAGAGGGGUGGGGGUCCAACGGGGAGAUCUGGGUGCCUUGCUUCCUUCCGCUUCUGGCUCUGCCCCCGUCACAAGCCGCGGGGGCCACUGGGGCCAUUUCCUCCCCCAAGCAGUCUGUGGGAGAAUGCCAGGUCUGAACUGCAGGGUGUUUCUCAGGGGGGGCCCCACACCGUGGGUGGGUCUUCCUCCCAGCUCUUCCCAGCCAUGGCACCUGGAGGAGGAGAACCACCCCCGCCCCCUCCCAUCCGCCUCUCAACACCCCCCUCCAUUGGGCUGCCGCUUGGACAAGGCCAGCUCUGCGUUUUCAGGCAAGCCGAGGGGCCAUAGCCGCUCAGUGGCUGCUGCCGGUCAGAGCAGACAGUGCUGAGCUGGAUGGAGCAAGGCUCUGACUCAGCUCCCGGCAGCUUCAGAGGUUGAUUCUCCUCUUCUUCCAGAGUGGGAACUGAGCAGGAAAAGAGUCCACCCCCCACCUGCAGCUCUCCUCAGCAUCACCAAAGCCAGCCUCCUCACAGCCUUGAGAUACAAAGCCCACCCCUUGGGUUUGUCCUCCUUGGCCAAAUUCAGCCUUCAGAAGGGAGGCAGAAGAGCGGCGGAGAACUUGCAGGCAAAUUACCUCGCUCCCUUUUCUCCUCCGUAGAAAUACUUAUAGAAAGCUGUAAAGAUCCACCAUAGUUUUCAAAUCUUUUGUAAGCCCAUGUUCUGAGUGGGAAACAUUACGCUUUCCGGGGAAAGCGUCGGAUUUUGUGAUAUCUCCGUGAUUUCCCCUUUGGGUUUCUUGAGAACGAAAUGGAGAGAAGAUCCGUGUUUUUGCCAUCCUUAAUUAAACUGCCUCCCAGGCGCAUCACCUCUCUGGCAAGCGAGAGUUUUGCUGGAGAGCUUUCCAGACAAUAUCACGUUUCUCACUGGGAAAGCAAACCAGGAGAUCGGACUGCUCCAAACCCUUGGCCUCCUCUUCUGCAGCCUGAAGAAACGAUGGCCCGCUUCCAGAGGUCUCUUCGGGGUGACCCCUCCACUGAAGCAAACUGUGGGUGCCUUCGGAUGCACGGAGAGCGGCUGGCGACUGUCUCACGGGAGCCUUUUGCUUUUGCUUUUGAGGAGACCACCACGGACACCCUCUGCCCCCAGGGGCCCCUGUGGUUUUUUAAAAAGGGGGUUUCAACCCUAAAUCCCACAGAAUGGGGAAGACUUUCCAAGCCGACUUUCGGAUCUGGAGAGGAGGGCCUGUUUGGGGGCUCCAAGCCAGGCUGGUCUGAUCCGUGAGUUGCGCACACCCCGCCGCCUCCUUUUUCUGCCACCAGACGCAGACGCGCUGUGUCCCUCUAGCCCUGGGAUUUCUGCUUCACGCGUCCUGCGGUGGUUUCUGCAAAGGAGCGGUGUUACAAAUGGAGAUCGGCUGCUGAAAGAAGGGCACCGGUCAUUCCAGGCCAAAUCUCCACUCCGGCCAUCAAAUUCGAUAUUCUUGUGCGCACAAGGUCCGCCUACCCCGUAACCAGGAUGGGUCAACUGAUGUGUUGAUCUGCUGUCUGGUGGUGGGGACGGUGGGCGGGGAGACGUGCCUGUGAGGCUUGAGGGGGUUCAUCGCCCCUGUUUCGCAGAGUGUCAUCAGGUGACAACGUUAGCCGUGGAACUGACUGCCACCACAAAUAGCCGGGGGGGGGGGUGCUGCCAGAAGAUGGAGACGGGAGGUUGGACGGGAGAACCUUUCCAGACCACUUGAUGGCCACUGAAGGAACCGAAAUGGCCCUCGCGUGGCUGGGACUGUUUUGCACCUCUGUCUAAUUUAAGAAUGGGGGCUUCAGGGAGUGUGUCCGGGGAAGGACUCUGUGGGCCUCUCUGGGCUCAGAAUAUCCCGUCCCCCGUCCCUCCACAGACCUCCUGGGAAGGGGGAUGCCAUGUCAUGGUUGGCAGAGCGAACACCUUUAACUUAUUUGCAGUGGGGGAAGCGGGUGUGGGGUGCGUUUUGUUUUGUUUUUUAGAGCAAAACCCCCACUGCAGUUUCAUGGUUAAUAAUAAUAAUAAUAAUAAUAAUAAUAAUAAUAAUAAUAAUAAUAUAAGAGUGAGGAGCAUAAUAUCCCUGCCCACCCAUGUUUCGUUCCUAGAAACUGGUAUUACUGUCACUUGCACUCAGAAAUGCUGCAGUCUGUAGAAUCCUGUUGUUGCUGUUGCUGAUGUUGCUGGUUUUUUCACGUUGCACUUGCGUUUGCUGAGCUGCCGCUCCUCAGUGGCAGGCUUGGGCUACCAGCUUCUUUGUGGAAUAAGCACCGUCAUAAUUACAGGGAAGAGACCAUG